AGCGACAACGCGUGAGAGAAAAAAUGGUUAUCUGAGCGCUGCUUUUGUUUAGCCUGCGCUCUUUGUUACCUGUACGAGAGAGAGAGAGAGAGAGAGAGAGCGAGAGAGUGAAAUGGGGCAAGGGGAGUGAGCAAGAGGGAGUGGAGCUACCUGGGGCACAACUUGCGACACCUUUUGACGCCGAUCGCGAGUUCAGUAGCAAUCGGUAGCCGGCAACAGCAACAACAAACCCAAACAGAACAAUUAGUCGACCGAUAUUCAGUGGAAUAUAGGUAUAUAUUCACAUAUAACCUUAAAUAGCGCACACAAAGUAAACCAUGUAAAAUUCAGUGAUUACGGCAGCGAUAUGUUGGUUAGCGGUGAAUGCGUUUAACGGUGGAUCUUCGCUUGCACCUUUGCAACCCACGAGAUACGACUGAAGACAUAGAAUGGCCUCCGGCAAUAGUAGUACCACCGAUCUGGACAGUCAGGUCAAUGUGGAGGACUUGCCCAUAACGUUCAAGGUGAAAUACAUUGGAUCCGAAGUGGCACGUGGACUUUGGGGCAUUAAGUAUACGCGCCGCCCGGUGGAUAUAAUGGUGGGCGUGGCCAAGAAUUUGCCGCCCAACAAGGUCCUGCCGAAUUGCGAGUUGAAGGUGUCCACCGACGGUGUCCAGCUGGAGAUCAUUUCACCCAAGGCCAGCAUCAAUCACUGGAGCUAUCCGAUCGAUACGAUUUCGUAUGGAGUUCAGGAUUUGGUCUACACAAGAGUCUUUGCAAUGAUCGUAGUCAAGGAUGAGUCCAGUCCGCAUCCCUUCGAAGUCCACGCCUUCGUCUGCGACAGUCGAGCAAUGGCUCGCAAGUUGACCUUUGCCCUGGCCGCUGCCUUUCAGGAUUAUUCUCGAAGGGUCAAGGAGGCUGCUGGCGAGGAUGAGGGAGAUGCCACGCCUAACGACACUAUAACGCCCACGCGUCAAAAGUUCGCCAUCGAUCUGCGAACCCCCGAAGAAAUCCAGGCUGGCGAACUUGAACAGGAAACGGAGGCGUAGUCGGUGGGAUUCACUGCAGAUAUCCACCGGUUGCGUUUGUCAAUGUGAUGUGUUAGUUACUUAACGUCCAGUGUUCACUGUAUUUGUAAAUUGUAGUUCUCUCACCUGGUAGUUGCCUCAUACAGCUAAUUACCCAAAGCCUAAGUGUUAAUGCGAUUUGUAAACGAUUUUCUAUAAUAAAUUACCAAUAUUGUA